UGAUGCGCGGCGCCCGUUGGCUGACGGCGACGUGGGGGCGUGUCUCCACGGUGCGCAGUGUCGGUUGGUUGGCUGCCAACGGAGGGGGCGGAGACCAUGGGCAGCGGCGGUUGGCUGCGCCGCCUGCGCGAGCGCUCCAGGCCCGGCGGCUCCUCAGCCAUAGCCUGGCCGCCCCGCCAAUGGACGCCCCGCUGCGCUCACCUCGGCCCGCGCAGCCACCACCUGUCCCGCGCCACCCGCCUCCCGGGCCUCCGCCAGGCCCUGACACGAGCGACGUCCUGCAGCAGAUCAUGACCAUCACUGACCAGAGCCUGGAUGAGGCGCAGGCCAGAAAGCAUGCUCUGAAUUGCCAUCGGAUGAAGCCUGCUCUCUUCAGUGUGCUGUGUGAGAUCAAGGAAAAGACAGACAAUUUGUGUGGCUCAUUUGCGCCAAGGAUGUUCCCUGCUGAGUGCUUGUUAGUGGUAAGCAUCCGUGGCAUUCAGGAAGACCAUCCCCCCGAUGCUCAGCUCAUGAGACUGGAUAACAUGCUGCUGGCUGAGGGCAUGUCCAGGCCGGAGAAGAGAGGAAGAGGAGGAUCAGCAGCGGUGGCCAGCACAGCAACACCAGGUGGCUGUCCAAAUGACAAUAACAUUGAGCACUCUGACUACAGGGCCAAGCUGUCCCAGAUCCGACAGAUUUACCACUCUGAGCUAGAGAAAUAUGAACAGGCCUGCCGUGAGUUCACUACACAUGUCACCAACCUUCUCCGAGAGCAGAGCAGGAUGAGGCCUGUGUCCCCCAAGGAGAUCGAGUGCAUGGUUGGUGUCAUCCAUGGCAAAUUCAGCGCUAUCCAGAUGCAACUGAAGCAGAGUACCUGUGAGGCCUUGAUGACGCUACGCUCGCGGUUCCUUGAUGCCAGGCGUAAGCGGCGAAAUUUCAGCAAGCAGGCAACAGAAGUACUGAAUGAAUAUUUUUAUUCCCAUUUGAGCAACCCUUACCCCAGUGAAGAAGCCAAAGAAGAGCUAGCCAGGAAGGGUGGCAUCACAGUAUCCCAGGUUUCUAACUGGUUUGGCAACAAAAGAAUCCGGUAUAAAAAGAACACGGGGAAAUUUCAAGAAGAGGCUACCAUUUACACCAGUAAAUCAACUGUGGAUGCCACCAAAGCAAGGGCCCUGGAGAGCCAAGCCAGCUGCCUGUCAGUGCCCAGCCCCGGGUCCUCUGGUCCCUUCCCACUGACCAGUGCUGGGGAUACGUUUCUCACCCUGCAGACCCUGGCCUUUCUCCAGCCCUCUCCUGGGGGCAACUGCCUACAGUCCCAGGUAGGUUGGGACACAGUCCCAUGGAGCCCUGGUGGAUGUGGGUCCUCAGAACUGGGCUCUUCCAGCCAUCUGAUGCUUCCACUCAUCUCUUGCAGUGGUGUCCCAACCACAGGGUCUACAUUGUGAUGAAGGUUGGCUGAGCUGCCUCCAGGGCACAGCUCUUCAGGGUCCAUGCAGCACAUACUGUUCCUUUAGGCUCCCAAAGGCUCCCACCUCUGCCCAUUGCAAGAUGUUAAUUCAUGGCAGCCACCAAAACCAGUCAGUGGACAUGAGGACCCAAAAUAAGGUCUUUGGUUGUGGAGGGGAGGAGCCUCCCUCCUGGAGCAGUGUAGAAAGGGUGGCAGGCAGCAUCAGGGGAGGCCCAGAUGAAACAUGAGAACAUGCUCUGGUCUAUGCUCAGACCCAGUCACUAUCUACCUGGAGGUCUGGUCAGGAUGGGGCUCUCUCACCAGCACCACUUUUCCUGCUGCCUUUUGUCAAUGCCCAGCUUGGGCAGACUGGAGAUCCAUUUUGGUGACUGGGAAGAAAUUAAACCAAGGAUCUUGAGUAGCCAAAGUGCCCUCCAGAAUUUUCUAGAGGUGUUACCUACCCCUUUCUCAGGCCUCUUCAGUCUGCCCUAAUGGUCACAGGGUCCUGACCCUGCUCUAGAAGAGGGUUCAAGUGGGGCUGGCUGGCCCUCUGUGUGUGGUUUUUCCAGAAGAUGCUACAUAGACACAGGAGGAUGAGCUCACCAAAGAGGCGUCAUCUGAGGCCUUACAGAGUUCAUGAGUUUUUCCUUUUUUCAAUACAGAGGACAGAACCCAGGGGCACACUUACCACUGAGUUUCAUCCCUAGCCCUUUUUAUUUUGAGACAGGGUCUCACUGAUUUGCCCCAGGCUGGCCUUGAAUUUGCAAUCCUCCUGUCUUAGCUUCUCAAGUUGCUGGGAUCAUAGGCAUGCCAUGAGUAUUCUUCACAGAAUGUCAUGUCCUAGGCUGGGAAUGUAGCUCAGUUGGUGGAGUGCUUGCCUCCCAAGCACAAGGCCCUGUGUUCAAAUCUCCAGCACCGCAAAAAAAAAAAAAAAAAAAGACUGUCAUGUCCUACUAUAUGUCCCACAUAGCUGAGGAUACAGCUCAUUGGUAGAGCACUUGCCUUGGGUGCAUAAGGUCCUGAGUUUACCCCCCAACAUCACCAAAAAGAGUUGCCUCUUGGCCCCCUCCUGAUUUUCACCACUCCCAGCCCCUGAGGGCUCAGACAGUAUGCAUGCUGGCAUGGAGUCUGCCCUGGCACCAGAUGGUACCUGCCCCACUCGCUGCAGUGGCAGCUCUGCCCUCUAUUGCUGUGGCAGUCCUCAACCAGCGGCACUUGAGACAGGGCGUUGUCUUUCUCUUUGUGCACCUGGGGCUCCGUCUUAUGUCUUGUGCAUAGCGCAAGUGUGUUUAAGAUGAAUUAUGAAGUGAGGGUCCCAGCCUUCGAUCCAGGAGAUCAGGUCCUAUCAGCCCCACAGAGUAAACAGGGAAUGAUGUGGACCAACACAGGCCACACAGGCCACACAGCCACACAGGCCACACAGGCUCCUCUUCCUCUGCCUACCCAUAUCCUAGUCAGCAUGGCCACAGCCCCCUGCCUAAGUCCCUCACAGCACCCCUACCAAAGCACACAGCAGGUAAGGACCUGUCUCACCCAGGUACCUUCUACUGCACCCUGCCCCAUCACCCCCUCGUGUGGGGACAUGGGCCUCCAUUCAUCAUCCUAAGGAUGCCAGGUGCUGUAUGUCCACCUGAAGGUAGAACAACCCCCAUCGUGCACCGCAUCCAUGUGAGUAGGGCAGGCCUGGUGGACAAAUGUGCAGCUAGGUGGGCUCAACACUGUCCCUGCACCGCAGAUGAUGCCUCCAACCCCUUGUGAUGAGGGGACAGCCCCUGCCCAUCAGCCAUGGGCCCUACCCACCUGGCUGCCCAUCCAAGCUAGUGUUUCUCUCAGAAUCUUGCCAUGGCAUUUCAGCUCCAGGCCUUACCUUGUCCCCCUCUCUCUCAGAGCAUAGAGACCUCAGCUGCACCUUGAUGUCAUGUAUUCCUUUAUUAUAGGCCCUAGAGACAGCCCAUUCAGGCCAGCUUUCCUGCUGGGGAAGUUCAUCUGUAGCACAGGUCUGGUGAUGAGGCUGGCCAUAACCCAGGACUGACCCCUCCAUCCUUUCCCUCCUCUCCUGGACCUUUGAGGUUAUCUGUCAGCAUGUUCUAAGCCUUCCUAGAGACAUGGGGACUGGGUGGUCAUCAGCUUUAUGGCAGCCCCCUCUGAUGCUCAGUCUUUGUAUUUUCAGGCUAGGGGCGGCUGGCAGGGGGCCAUGCCCCCUCAGUCAGCUGCCUCACCUACUGGAGACCCCAGCAGCAUCAACUCAGAUGCAUCUAAUUAAGUUUGGGGGAUAUGCAGAAAGGGUACCAGGUGACUCCCAGGGUGGCCAGCACUCAUGUUCUUCUGCGCAUGUAGUCGAUUACCUCAGAAACUUGGGGCCCCAGGUGACAGUGCUCCCUGCACCUGGGUCAUGCAGCCAGUGACCAUCUCACUCGUCUGCUGGGAUUUGAAAUGGAUGAAUGCUGCUCAUUUUCCCACCUGUUUUUUUUUUUUUUUUAAAUAGGAAUGUUACGUUAAGACUGAAUUGUCUCCUCUAGAACUUGUCCACAAAUUUUCUCAUUAAAAUUUUGACUUAUUUUAAUUUUGAUGUUUUGUAAUACCAAACUUGUGUCAGGUUAUUAUUUGACAACAUGGGAGCCAUGUCAUAGCUACGAGUGUCAUGUGAGGCCACCUCUGCCCUUUGUGUGCCUGCUCUCCCCUCUCCUGGGGUGUGCUUGUGUUCUGUUCUGAUUUAAAUCUGUCCUAAGCUCAGAAUUUUGCUGGAAAUUGGUUUGGCAUUUCUUUUUGUUGUUUUUGCUUUUUUUCUAUUAAUCUUUUGUUUUCAGUUGAAAUUUAAUUAAAAAGGAUAAACUUCCCAACCACGUGCCAUGAAGUCCUGCUGGCCCAAGACUUGGCACUUGGCAUCAAUUCCUGAUUGUCCCUCUCUGUUUCCUCAGCAGACCUUCCUCUGCCUGGAUCUUCCCAUCUCCUCUCCACCCCUCACCAGGCCUUGGCUUCCCUACCUACCACUGAAGAGCAAUAAUGGGGUAGAGCCAGGCUGUGAGAGUUCAAAUAUGCUGCUAGGCCUAGAGCAAAUACUGUAGCCAUGUGUCAGUUAGUGUCACAGUGUCAUGGUGACCCUAAGUCCACCUUGUCAGCUGCUACCACAACUAGUAAUUGAGCUCCUAUUCUGUCUCUUCACACAUCCCAGGAAAACUCCUGUGGGCCUCCACUUCAGCUCACCCCAAGGUGUUAGCCAGCAUACCCCUGGUUUUGCCUCUGCCCCUCAAGGCCCCUCCAUUCCACCUCCCCCCUGAGCAUCAAAGUCCUGUAGGCAGCAACAGCACGGUGCUGGUGUGUGGCCUGUGAGAGUUAUGGACACAGGACAGAUGAAAGACUGUCUUAGCUGGGAGUUCAGCCCCUGCCACUAAGACAGGGGCACCCCAGCCUGUACCAUGAAAGACUGAGAGCAAGGACUGCUAUAAAUGAGAAGGGCCUGCCCUCCUCUGGUUCACACCAGAGUCCUGCUCAGCCCCCAGCAAUCCUGGCUGCCCUCAGACUUACCUUGCCCGGACUCCCCAGACUUGACCAGGCAAGGCCUCCAGGUCUCAGGUGCUCUUGCCUGGCUGUAUCCCCACACUGCCCUCCAUACUUUCUAUUUCUGUUGUUUCUAAAAGACAAGAAAUAGCUGGGUAUGGUGGCACACACCUGUAAUCCCAGCUACUUGGGAG